AUGGAGAACAGAGAAAUUGAAGAUUCUUCCAAACUUAAACAUCCCGGCAAAUCGCAUAAAUCUACAGCUACACAGGCUUAUUUCAAUUUUAUUAAAUCAAAUCUUGGAAUUGGUGUCAUUGUUCUCCCAGUUGUCACUUAUCAGGUUGGAUUGCUUUGGUCUAUUUUCUUAUUCGUUCCAAUCGCCUUCAGUUGCGUAAAAUCAAGCCAAUUCAUGAUAGAAAUAGCAGAUGAUUUGAACACAGAUAAUAUUCUCUAUGCAGACAUCAUUAAACUAACUUUGGGAUCUCUGUGGGCUCACAUUUUGGAUAUUGCCAUCAUAUUGCAAUUGAUUGGACUUUGCAUAGCCUAUUUGAUAUUUCUGACUGAGUCCUUGGCUCAAUCCUUACAUCAAAUCAGUAUUGAAAUGACCAAAUUGUAAUGCCUGCUGAUCACAUUAAUUAUAGUGAUUCCCUUAUCUUUUGUAAGAAAAAUUCAUUUUUUUCACUCAACCAGUAAAUACGGCUUUUAUGCUGCUUUGGCUUCCUUCUGCAUUAUACUCUACGACUGCCAAGGGAGACUCUCCUUAAUUGACAAUUUCCAAUUCUCCAAUUUAAUCAACAUCAAAAACACCUUUAAUUAUGUGGGAGUGGCCAUUCUGUGUUGUGAAGGAAUAUUUACAGUUUUGCCUAUCAGAGACAGCAUGAAGAAUAAAUUUGAAUUCAAAUCUGUUGCUUCAAAGAGUUUGAUGACAGCAUUCUGCAUCUCAAUCUUUUUGUCACUAAUCACCUCGUCCACCUAUCAAUAAGAAACACAAUCAAUUGUGCUAUUUAGUAUUCAAAACCCAAUCUUAGAAGUCGUUUCAUUGAUCUUAUACUCAAUUAGCUUGUUAUUGACCUUUCCACUCCAACUAUUCCCAGCUGUCCAAAUUGUUGAAACCAUGCUUCAAAAGAAUAUGUUCGAGUAUAUCAGCUUCCAUGACAUUGAAUAAAACUCGAAUGAAGGGUCUCCCACAGAAAAGAUUGAUAAAUCCACUUGCGAUAAGAUUGAAAAUCUUACAUGCGAGAAAGAUGACUUAGUUUUUGAAGAUAGACUCCUCUAAAGCAGUAUAAGAAGCAUGUUGAUGUUAACUAUCUACUUUAUCGCUUAUUAUGUGCCUCAUCUAUCGCACUUUUUGAAUUUGAUUGGAAGCAUUUUUGGAUCCUUAUUACAAUUUUGCUUCCCUGUACUAGUUCAUAUUAUUUAUUUCAAGAACUCUAAAUCAACUAAACCUGUCAUUCAAUAUACAAUAAUUUUGAUUGUUUCAAUUUUAGCUAUUGUCUUGGGCACAGCUGAAUCGUUAAAGCAUCUACUUUGA